AUGGGAGCUCAAACAGGAACCGGGGACUACGUGGAGGAGGUGGUGUUAUUAGAUCAUAUACUGGAAUUAAUAGCAGCUUUUGCAUCACCUUUCAGUAAAGGAAUCAAUGGAGUUAACUUUGCUUCUGGAGGAGCUGGAGUUGUUUCUACCACUCAUCCUGGUUUGAGGAAGUCAUAUCGGAACUUCAUCAGUAACGAUUACAUGGGGGGGUUAACGAAAAAAUGCAGCCAGCAACUCCACGGUCCUGAAGAAUAUCUAGGGAUGGUCGUUGGCAACUUGACUCAGGAAUUGUAUGAGAAAGGCGCCAGAAAAUUUGGUUUCCUAAGCUUGUCGCCAUUGGGAUGCUUACCAGCUCUCAGAGCACUAAAUCCAGGAGGAGGUUGUUUUGAAGCUGCUUCUGAUCUUGCAUUGGCGCAUAACAAUGCUCUUCAACAUAUACUGCAAGACUUUUAA